GCCCGUACUGGUCCAUACUGGUCUGUACUGGUUUCUACCGGUCCCUACUGGUUUGUACUGGUUUCUACCGGCCCAUACCGGUCCGUACUGGUCUAUACUGGUCUAUACUGGUCUGUACUGGUCCAUGGCGGAGCUGCUGCUGCUGACGCGGGUGGUGCCGGGCGCGGGGGGAGGGGCGGGGCCCGCGGCCCCUCCCCCACCCCCGCCGGGACCCCGCCCCCACCGCGGCGGGGGGGAGGGGCUGUGGGGGGAGCCCCUGGCGCUGGGGGUGAGCAACUGGUUUGUACUGGUGUCGCAGGUGCUGCUCGGGAGCCUCCAGGUGGCCCUCGGGGGGUCCCUCCUGGCCACCCUCGGGGACCCCCUGGGGGCGCAACUGGGGACACCCCUGGGGAGCGGCCCCGUGCUGAUGGUGGCCGGGGCGGCGCUGGCGGCGAUGGCCAAGGGACCCUCGGCGGGACGGGCUCGGGCCGCGCUGGCGCUGGACAUCGUGGCGGCCAUCGUGUCCUUCCUGGCCCUGGGGGUGCAGGGGCUGCUCCUCCCCCACAGCUGCCCCUGGUGCCACAACCUGGGCCCGGCCGCACAGGGGGUGCUGCUGGGCACGCAGGUGCUGCUGCUGAUGUCAUCAGCGGCGGGGGCGGUGCUGGCUGUGAUUGGCUGCGUGGCGGCCACCAGGGGGCGCCCCAAGGCAACGCCAAUGCCCGUGGUGAUCUAUCAGACAGCGAUGCCUGCCCCAGGGGUGGGGCCAGCUGAAGCCACGCCCCCUGCUCCACAAUAAAGACCAAUCACUGCUGAGAGUG